UAUUCGGGAAUCUGACUUUAUAUCAGUGUAAAUUCAUUUCUGCCUUUAGCUACAAAGAGUAUAAUCAAGGCGACUAUUCCUAAUGAGUUCAAACACUCAUUUAUUUUUCAAAAUUUAUUGACUCCUUACGCACUAUUAGGCGUUAAUUUAUUCAAUUUGCAUGUAGAAGUGCUUGCUGUAAUUUACAAUGUCAAUCAACUAUGGCGCCUACUAUGCUAUAUAAGAGAGACUUUUGCCUUGAGGAUAACAGUAGAAAAGAUAUUUGAAAUGUAUUCGAGCGGUACAAAGGUAGUGCUUAGCUUGGUGAGCAUAUUUUUUCUAACCGUUUUCGCUAUGGAGGUUUCAGUUAUAUUGGUCUACAACACGCGCCUUGUUAGGGCAAAGCAAAGCAUAAUUUUCGCCUGUUCUGAGCUUGAUAUGUAUUUCAACGCUCUAGCACUCAUGACAGCCAAUCAAUUUGUUCAAUCGGUCCAUAUGAAUAGCUCUUAUGACUUGGUAUCAAUUUUAACAAGGGAAAACUAUGCGCGAACAUCUGUGAUUGUGGACACCACCUGUGAAGGCGCUCCUAGUCUGCUAAAAGAGGCGUCUGCGAAUAGAUAUUUUAACAAAACCUAUCAGUGGUUACUGUGGGGCGUUGAGAUGAAUAUUAAUGAUUUGCUGCCAAUCGAGUUAGAUUAUGUUGGCCCAAAUGCACAACUCACCUAUGUGAAUAAAACAAAGGACGACUAUUUCCUUUGGGAUGUGCAUUCAAAGGGGCGUCAACUGAAAUCACCACUAGAAUUGCAUUUGAUAGCAAAGCUAUCAACGGAGCCACUGAAAUUGGUUAUAAUCAAUGAGAUAUUCGAUCUGCAGAGCAUUAAAUAUCGCAGUCAAUUCAAUGGCUUGACCCUGCGAGGCGCAAGUGUUAUCGAUCAGGAGGACAUUUUGACGAAUCAACAAAUUGAAGCUAUACUGUCGAGGCCCACAAAGGAUGCGGGUGUGGCAGCAUUUAUCAAAUAUCAUUACGAACUGCUGAGCCUGCUGCGAGAUCUCUUUAACUUCACCGUCAACUUUCGCAAUUCGAGAGGUUGGGCAGGCCGAUUGGGCAACACAACUUUUCGGCUUGGCUUGCUGGGUAUUAUAAAACGCAAUGAAGCUGAUAUUGCAGCAUCUGGAGCAUUCAAUCGCAUAAAUCGUUUCGCCGAGUUCGACACUAUUCAUCAGAGUUGGAAGUUUGAGACAGCAUUCCUCUUUCGAUUUACGCCCGAUUUGGAUACGCAUGGCAAAAGUGGAAAUUUUCUAGCACCCUUCAGCAGACAGGUGUGGCUCUUCACCGUGGCCACUUUGAUUGGCAUUAACAGCAUUUGGCUGCUGCUGGAUUACCUAAGCCAAAGAUGGCAUUCUCAAGCAAUGCAAUGUAUUGAAGAGCGAUUUUUUAAUAUAAGAAAGCGCAACAGAAGAAGUUUGAGCGCUCAUCGAGCGAUUACGAAAUCUCACAGCAAUUGGACGGAACGUAUCCUACACACCUUUGGUGCUGUUUGCCAACAGGGAAUGGAACCAAUUCCCAGCGACAUGCCUUCACGUUCCAUUGUCGUUACAGUUUUUCUUUUCUCCGUCGUAAUGUACAACUAUUACACGUCCUCUGUCGUUGGUGGACUGUUGAGCUCCUCGGAUCUAGGGCCAGCUACCGUGGACGAAAUAACUAAUAGCCCACUUAAAGUAUCCUUUGAAGAUAUAGGAUACUAUAAAGUUUUAUUUAAAGAAAGUUCCAAUCCAAUUGUGACUCGUUUGAUAAGCAAAAAACUAUCUGCAUCUAGAGGUCCCGAUGAAAUGGGUGUCUAUGGUCACAUAGAGGAUGCGAUUCCAUAUCUAAAGAGGGGCGGAUUUGCAUUUCACUGCGAAGUGGUUGACGCUUAUCCCAUAAUAGCCGAGUUGUUUGACGCUAAUGAAAUAUGUGAUCUACGCGAGGUGUCCGGACUAAUGGAGGUGGAAAUUAUGAAUUGGAUUGUCCAUAAAAAUAGUCAAUAUACCGAACUCUUUAAAACAGCUAUGUGUAAAGCUCGUGAAGUUGGGCUGGUUGAAAGACUUCUGCGACAGCGUCAAAUGAAGAAACCGGAAUGUCAGUCCCUAUACACCGUCUAUCCAGUGACUAUAUCGGGUGUUUCUUCAGCAUUCCUUACGCUGUUAAGUGGAGUCUUAAUCGCUUUACUUGCAUUAUGUUUCGAAAUAGCAUCGAAAAAAUGGCAAAUACGAAGGUAAGAUUAUAAAAGCUAU